AUGGUGAAGGAAGAGGAGGUCAUGGCGGAGGCCGGAGGGAGGGGGUACCUGGACAUGCUUGGCCUCGGGGAGGAGGCCAUGGCCGACUACUUCCUCUGCCUGUCCCCGUCCACCUCGUCCCACCUCUCGUCCGCCGCCGUCUCCACCACCACCACCAGCGCCAGCACUCAUGCGGUCGCUUCUCCCACCUGCGCCUCCUACCUGCAGCCUCCUCCGGCGGCGCCGUGUCACCAGGUCCUGAGCUUCGGCGGCCGGGCGGAGCAGCAGUACCACGGCGGCGACGUCUUCGGGUUCCAGUACUACUACUACGGCGGCGCCCACGCGGUCCCGGUGGCUGUCCCGCAGAAGUCCAGCCCGACCACCGACUGCUCCUCCUCCAUCUCCUCCAUGUCGUCCUCGCCCACGGCCACCGCCGCCUCGGCCAUCUCCACCUCCAAGCCACAGCCCGCCAAGAAGAGGGGAUCAAGAGGCAGCAGCGAUCCCAGAAAGGCCGCUCCAGCUGCCACCUCAAACAAGAGACCCAGGGCGAGGAAGGAGCGGCUCGGGGAGAGGAUCCUGGCGCUGCAGCAGCUGGUUUCUCCGUUCGGGAAGACCGACACGGCCUCCGUCCUGCACGAGGCGCUCGGCUACAUACGCUUCCUGCACGACCAGGUUCAGGUCCUCAGCUCGCCGUACAUGCAGCGCCUGCCGCCCUCCUCCGCGCCGCCCGCCCCACUCCCGGAGGAGCCGCUGGCGCCGAGCGACCUGCGGAGCCGGGGGCUGUGCCUGGUGCCGGUGUCCUGCACCGACCACGUCGCCGGCGGCGGCGGCAACGGCGCCGACGUCUGGUCGUCGGUGCCGGCGAUGGGCAUGCCGGCGACGGCGGAGGAGGAGUACGCGGUCGCUGCCGGGAUGCUGCGCGGGGACCGGGAUCAUCCUCCUAGCAGGCAGCUGGCCUAG